AGACGCAGUAUAACUAACGAGAUAAAUAAACUACAAGAUUUAGAAAGUACUGAAGAUACUGAUAAACAAAAUUUAGAAAGUACUGAAGUGACUAAUAAAUUGGAAGUACUUCAAAAAGAAGAAAAGGCAGAGUUAAAGGUAGAAGUAAAAGAAGAGGAAAACAAAUACCAGAGAAAACUCGCAAAAUAA